AUGGCUUCUCCUGCACAGACCACCAGUUCCUCACCUUCAGACCUUCGCCUCGUUGACACCAGCCAGCUUUGCGAAAGCUGCGCCGCUCAGAUUUCACCCGUGGGCCACGGCCACAACGCCUCGAGUCCGCAUGCCCCCCAGAGCAACAGCAACAACAGCGGCAACAACGAGAGGAACAAGCCCUCGACAUCUACAUUCACCCCGACAGAGACUCCAGAAGCCUCCUCGAGCGUCAACACAACAGCACCGGCACCGGCUCCAGCACCCACAGCAACAACAGAGGACAUCGUCCAACUGAUCAUGAUAUCCGAGCUGAGAAGCGCCGAAGAAAAGCUGGAGCAGGGACACGCCGACCUCGAGACCGCUAGGCGGGCGUUCGAACACGAACGCCGGGGCGUGUUGGCAUCGAUGCGGAACGCGCGGGAGUCCCUCCGCGUCGCCACGGACGGAUACUGCUAG